CCUUCACCCGCGCAUCCACGGUCUCGAAGUCGAGAAAUCCCGGGGCUCCGCGUUCCAGAGAAGCCAUGGAUAGCCAGACAUCCUCUCCUGACAGAGCAGCCGUUAAGGUCAAGUACUCGAGGAAACACAAGAGGGAUAGUAGCACUGUCAGCGUGACACAGGGAACAUUGGACGGAGGUGAAGCGACGGAGAGCAAGAAUGGGGCGGUGGAGACUCCCAGUCAACGAGGGCCGAAGAAAGUCGAUGUGCAUCUACCAGGGCCAGAACCCAGUCCAGCUAGCACCCCUGCCAAAGACAAACUCAAGAGAAAGCGGUCCUCCAUCGCCAAACGCGACCCUGCGUAUGCCCUCGUAUCCCCCGCCCAAUUCCCUUCCAAUGACGCUCCUCGUAGAUACAAACCCGGCGCAGAGUCUCCUGACGACGACGCCUCCUCGAUCGCCGAGUCGUCCACCUCCCUCGCUCCGCGCAUGCGGAGGACGGAGCCGGAGCGCAAGAAGAUCUUCGAGGACGACCCGCACUGCGACCAGUUCGAGGAGCACCGCGCGCACUGCUCUAAAUGCGACAAGUGGAUCAGUCUGGGCAAGAAGCCCACCUAUGCGGUUCGCCCUUGGCUGAAUCAUAUUCAGAGAUGCGUGCCUGGCCGGGAGCAGGCGGCGGUGAUGCAGGAGCAGGCAGCGCAGGAGCAGGUAGCGCAGGAGCAGGCAGCGCAAGAGCAGGCAGCGCAAGAGGAAGCGGAAGAAGAGCAAGAGGCUGAAGACGCAGCCUCCGUCGUAGCGCCUUCUGUAGCUGGGAAGUUGCGUACCACGGAAGCAGAGCGGCGCGCUGUGCUCGAAGCGGACCCCAUGGUCGCAGAGGCGCGACCGCACGAGGUGUUAUGCAAGAACUGUCACAGAUGGAUCAAGCUGGCAACUGGCCGAGUGCCCAGCGGUCGCGUCGCAAUGGCCCAGCGCAAGUUGAACCUCGUUAACGACCCGCUGGCCCACUCGUUCACCGCUCGCAGCGUGGAAUGUGCAUCGUGCGGUGAGACCGUUACGACUGAGAAAGACUCCCCCGACUACGACUUGACCAAAUGGCAAGAGCACAAGGGGUCCUGCGUGAAGCGCCCGAGAUCGCCUAGGUCCCCGCCUCAGACGAACGGGACGUCCACUAAGACCCGAGCCGCGCCGGUAUCCCCUCCCUCCGCCCCGGUACGUCCUGCAUCCGAUGAAACCCCGAAGGAGGUCAGCCCGGACAGAGGCCAGAAACGCCCGCGGGAAACCGAAGACGGUGAUGCAGAGAGCAGGCCGCAAAAUCGCCCGCGAACGGCAGACUACGAAGCUCCCCAGCAGGAGGCGCCGGGCCCUUGGGGCUGGUUCCUCCUGCCUUUCAAAACGUUCAUCCCUGGCUCGAGCUCUGCGACGCCCGGCGCGACGCGUAAUGACGCGACAUCGCAAGACUCGAGGAUCGACGAUAGACUGCAGGGCUCAUCUUUACACGCGUUGCUGAAUGACCCGGAGACUGUGCUUACACGGACGAGUUCCAAGCCCCCCUCAGAAUCCACCGAAACAACCCGUUCAUCUCCUUCCGCCAAUAGUAGUUUUGUCAGCCGCACCCCCGCUCAGAAGAAGAGGGAGAGGAAGCUCCGAGACGAUCCGAUGGCAGAAGUGCUAGGGCCCACUGCAGUUGUCUGCAAGCGCUGCUGGUCGACUAUCAAGCUGUCACCGAAGAGCACGUACGAUCCUUUCCACUGGAACAAACACAAGGAGCGAUGUCUUAAGAGGCCGGAGGCGCUUGUCGAGCAGAAGAAGCAGGAGGCUAAGGAGAAGUCGCGGUUCCCCAAAUUACAGACUUCCUCGCGCUCAGUCUCCGUCUCGAAAGCCUCCUCGCCCAAGGAGUGCACUCCCCCUCCCCUCACACCCGACUCCGACGAAGACCGCAGCAGCUUCGACCACCUCAAAGAGGAGUCGCCCGCGCCUGACCUCUCACCCUCGCUCCACAUCCGCGAGCCCGAUCCCGAGGUCGAGGACUACCUCUCGCGCUCGCACCGCAAGAUCAUCCGCGAGCUCCCGCCGCUCAGCCCAGAGGACUGGAAGAACUGGAGCUGGUCGCACCUCAAGCGCCCCGUGUGGGACCAGUCGACGAUGUUCCACCUGAGCACCAACGACGGCGACGAGGACGACCUGCUGAUGCGGGAUAUGUCGGAUCGCCAGGUGUGCUUGCACCAGGUGUCGAACAUGCGCUCGACGUCCGUCAACGAACCCCCCACGGCGCGGGAUAUCUCAUGA